UACAGUGUUUCAACUUUACUCCAAAUUUCUAGAUGUUCUAAGUAAAUUCUGUCCUUAAAGUACUUUUGAAAAUCUUGAAUGGUUAAACAAUGUUCUCUAUGGGCAGAUGGAAGUGCUGAGACUCGCAAAUGGACCAUCAUUUAUAGGAUAUCUAUUGGCAUAGCCAAAGUAUUAGAUCAUCUUCAUACAGGACUUCAGAAACCUGCAAUUCAUUGGAAUCUCAAGCUGAAAAACAUUUUGUUAGAUCCCAAUCACCAACCAUACAUAUCAGACUACGGCCUAUAUCUCCUGUUGAAUCCUACUGCUGGCCAAGAAAUGCUUGAAUCUUCUGCAGCUGAUGGAUCCAAAGCUCCUGAGCUGGUCAAAAUGAAAGAUGCAAGUGAGCAGACUGAUAUAUACAGCCUCGGGAUAACGUUGCUUCAACUACUUUCAGGGAAGGAACCAAUGAAUGAGAAUCCAAACUCUGGGGAUGAUUUUCAUCUGCCAACUUUCAUGAGAAAUGCAGUCCUCGAUAGGAGAAUUACAGAUUUAUAUCAUCCAGAUGUACUUGUUAGCAAUAACAGUGAUAGUGAAAGUCCUGUUACUGAGGAACGUGUGCUCAAAUUCUUUCAACUUGCUAUGUCAUGGUGUUCCCCUUCUCCUUCGCUUAGACCAAACAUUCGGCAGGUCCUCUGGAAGCUUGAAAAAAUUGGAAGAUGAUGACAUAUUUCUUUUGUGGGAAGUUGAACUGGGCUCUUGAGUUGGGUCUAAAGUGGUGUUUGAUUAAAACGAGCAUUGGCCUGUGCAGGGAGAGCAGACGUUUAAAGAGAAGAUUCCAACAAACCCAUCAUUGACACUGAUUUGAUCACUUCAACCAUGAACCAUCCAACAAGAAUAGUGCAAUCAUGAUUAACAUUGUCGGAUUUUGGGAAUUCUUGUUGCCAAAAGUAUCAGCAACAAAAGAUUGUGGAUCUCAUAUGGUCCCAGCUUUCCCUUGUUAAGGCAUAUUAGAAAGAGUCAAUUAUCAAUAGCGAAAUUUCUUGUGUUUCUUUAUGC